AUGGACACAGUCUCCGCCCCAGUUCUCAGUUGGACAAAAGGUGUGAUUAUACUCCUCUUCACAGCUAUCCUAGUCCUAUACUGGUAUAUUCGUAUACCAUCCGACAUGCCCAAGAAUAUUCCCACGGUACCAAUCUACAUAUCCCUAAUAGGCCUUUGGAGUGACAUGGGCCAAGAUACAAUCUAUGACCGCUGGCUCCGACCUCCCCUUGAAAAAUACGGCGCUGUUAAAAUUUGGUUCGCGGGCCGAUGGAACGUCCUCGUGACACGUCCGUCAUACCUAGUGGAUAUGUUCCGGCAUGAAGAUGCUUAUGCAAAGGCAGGCAGCCAGAAGAAGAUCCCGUGGAGUGUGAUUGCGGCGCUAGUGGGGGACAACAUUAUCAAUGCGCAUGGGGGAAACUGGAAGCUUUUCACAUCGAUUAUGAAGCCUGGCCUGCAGAGGCGAAUUACGGACUCGGGGCCAUUGUUGGAGAAAUCCGGAUUAUUUGUGGAUAUUUUGUUGGAUGAGCAGACGCAGGUCGGCCUGGGUAUUUCUGUGAAUGCUAUUAUCCAGCGAUGGGCCUUGAGUUGUAUGGGGCUGAAUUUCAUGGGUGUUGAUCUAGAGUCAUUGGAGAAGCCUGGGCAGCGUCUCGAACAGCUGCAGACAAUCAUAAAAAAGACACUUUUCAAACCGCUCUUCUUCAAUUUCCCUGACCUAGACAAGUUUCCCUAUCUGUUUCGCCAGCGGCAGGUGGCCUUUGAUAUCAUGCAGGAGUUCGGAGAGCUACUGUGCGAGACUGUUCGGAAACGCGCCCCAGCGACCUACCAAGGGAACGAUACAGAACAAGUAGUCGACCUGCUUGACCGGGCCCUCAAAGAAGAAAAGAUCACCGAGAAACAAUACCGCAAUAACCUCAAGGUCACCUUCCUAACCGCCCAUGAAAACGUCCAGCAGCUCCUCAACUCCGCGUUCUGGGAGCUGGGAAAUAAUCAGGCCGUGCAAAAGAAGCUUCGCGCGGAGAUCCUUGCCAUGAAUACCCUGAAUCCGUCAACCGACGAUGUAAACUCAAUGCCCUACCUCUUCGCCGUCGUCCUCGAGCUCCUCCGGCUCUACCCCCCAGUCUCCCAGCUAAUUAAUAGAGUUACGACUUCUAAAACAGUCCUUGGCGGCGACAUCGUGAUCCCAAACCACACAUGGGUAGGCUGGAAUGCCUUUGGUGUACAGACGGACACACAGGUAUGGGGACCCACAGCCCGAGACUUCAUACCAGAGCGCUGGGGAAGCGACGUCAAAUCGAUUCAGAACGCAGUCCGUAGCAAGACAACACAGUGCCAAUUUAUCGCGUUCAACGCCCACUCCCGAAAAUGCCUAGGUCAAGGCUUCGCGUUACUUCAAAUGAAGAUCCUGUUAUUCGAGAUGGUCCGGCGAAUCACCUGGACGGUUGACCCAACCUACGAACUGAAAUUGACAUCGGGUGGGAUAUUGGCGCCACUGACGCUUCGUGUGAUCGUCGAAGAGAGGAAAUGA